AUGUGGAGUUUUAAUAAUUUAAACAAUUUUUUGGGAAAUGAUUUUUUAAAUAUAUCUGAGCCCUUUACUGAAGAAUAUACAUGCUAUCCGGUAUCUUUUAUUGGAAAAGAUGAUAUGGAAAAUGGAAACAAAAUUAUAUUGCCACAAACUGCCUUGAACGCAUUGGCUAGAAGACACAUAUCAUGGCCCAUGUUAUUUGAAGUGUCCAAUCCAUAUACGGAAAAGAGAACUCACAGUGGUGUUCUUGAAUUCAUUUCCGAUGAAGGAACAUGCCACAUGCCAUAUUGGAUGAUGCAACAAUUAUGCCUAAAAGAAGGAGAUAUAGUGAGGGUUACAAGUGUAAGUCUACCUAAAGGUACCUUUGUCAAGUUGAAACCCUGUUCUAAGGAUUUUAUGGAAUUAUCUAAUCAUCGAACUGUUUUAGAAACAGCUUUAAGAAAUUAUGCAACACUAACUAUUGGUGAUAAUAUUGUGAUACAUUAUUUGGGAAAGACUUAUGAAAUUAAAAUUGUGGAUUUAAAACCAGCUUUUGCUUGUACUAUUAUUGAGACUGAUGUUGAAGUAGAGUUUGAGGAACCAUUUGAGAAGGUGCAAUAUGUAGAAGAAGUCAUACCCGUUGAGGAAAGUAAAUUCAAAGGGAAAGGGCAAAGAACCGAUGGAAAAGCUUGUAAAAAUCUUAAAAAAGAAAAAGUACGACAAAAAGUUAUUGAAAAUCCUGAACCAUGGAAAGAGAAACUUGUUGGCGGUGUUAGGACCAAAUGUGCUGAAUAUGAAGAUCUACUAAAAAAAGGACGUAUUCCUGGAAUAAUAGGAAAAUUUAUAGAAAGGAAGCCUUAA